GAUGACAGGGACACACACAAUGGGGGAUGCACCCCAGCAGACCGCAGAACAGACAGUGAUGAAGACACGUCAUCAGACGUUGAACAUAUGGAACCUGUAGGUAUUGCCAGGGGCUGCCCACAAGGAGCAAGUGAAGGAGCCGGCAUGGAGGGUGCAGAAAACAGGGAUGUUGAUGAAGAGAGUGGCGGAUCUAGUGAUGGCACAGACGAGGAAGAAGGGGAUGGGAUACAAGACAUGUCACAACUUGGUGCAGGUGCUGUAGCGGUCAAAUUCCAGACUGUUCGUCAACAGUCAUAUCAGCUUGUAGGUAAAGAUACGAAGUCACUAGUACAACACAUUGUGGGAUGUUGUCAGCCAGCACAGGGAGAAAUAACAUCAGCACCACAGCAACAACAACAACUCGAACCAGGAUCAGGUGGUGAUGGUGAUGGUGAUGGUGAUGGUAAUGGAAGAGCAGAUCAACACCUGUCCACAAGUACAACUUGUGUAGUUCCGAAAACAAGUCCACAGGUCCUGGGAACAUCAGCCCUGACACCACCGUCAACAUCGUCUCGUCUGCACCAAAUACCAGGAUCUCUUGUAUCACAGAUACAGUCCUCUGGGUUGCUUGAAGUACCAAUAACUGGGGACUCUACUGGAGUCACGCAGUACAACCUUAUACAAGUACGGCAGGACUUUGGUGAUGUGACACUGAAGGGGGGCAAGAAUCUGAACAUUGGCGGAACUCAGAAUGUCGGUACAGCUCCGACCAACAAAGAGGAAGAAGAGAAACCACUGACUGCAACACAGAAGAUCAGGAAGAGGACGGCAUCCAGAAUACAGUCAUGGACAAAAGACAUGGUGGAGACAGACGCCCUCAAGCAAGUGAUAAAAAAGCUGGACAGAGGAGCGACAUGGGUGACAAUUAAAGGAAGACCAGGAGAGGGGAAGUCCACAACAGCCUACAUGGCUCUCAAAAACCUUAACAAUCAGGGGAGACAAGUAUACCAAGUUGAGUCACCAGAAGAAUACAGCGAGGUCAUGAUGGCCUGUAAGAACCCUGUAAUUAUGUUAGAUGACAUAUUCGGUGAUCUGGAAUUCGAUGCAGCUGAGUGGGCGAAGUGGAGACCACGUCUACGACCUAUGGUGGAUGUUAAACAUCCUGACACAUAUGCAGAAAAAGAUGUUUUGGGCAUUUCUACUAAAAGUGAGAAGGUUUCACAGAUGACCAAAGUUGAUCAAACAGAGGUGAAACGAGAAACUAUCAUUAUCCUCGUAGGUCGUGACUAUGUGCUGAAAUCCUCAUUGGCAGACUUGGGAAGGAUGGCAGAUUACAUUUCCAGUCCCCAAUAUGUGGUGGAAGUUUCCUCACAGAGAGCCUCUUAUGAGCGAAGGAAGAUAUUGCGUGUUCAUGCUGAAGCAAAAAACAUAGACAUCGAAGAGUCAACUGAGUCUCUGAUAUGUAAGGCAGACUGUCCACACGGCUUCCCCCAUGUCUGUAAAAUGUUUGUCGCAGCAUAUGAAAAGGAUUGGACUCACCGUGAAAUGCAAAUGUUUUUUCAAGCGCCACUGGAUUUCCUCAACAAAACUUUGAAUAAACAUUUGACAGAUAAAAUAAAGCGCUCACUGUUCAUGGCUAUAAUUAAAAGAGAUGGAAAGAUUAGUGGACAAGAAAUGGAGGAGGAUGAUAACUUCGGUUAUGAAUACAUAGCAGCUGCUGAUAAUAUGGUUGGAUCUUACCUCAAGAAGGAAGAUGACACCUACGUGUUUGAUCAUCCGUCUAUAUAUGACAGUGUUUCCUUUAUUCUCAGUACAAAACAACCAAAGUUUGUCAUUGAAAAUUGUAGUUUGUCCUUUAUAAAUCAGCGACUUCGUCUUACACCCUCCAGUAAAGAGACAAAAGAGAAAAACGUUGCUGGUGAGACAGAUCUUGUUGCAAACGUCUCAUGGACUUAUGCUAAACUUUUGGCCAGAAGAUUUGCAAGUGAAAUGCAACGGAGCAAUUUGUCGCAUGUUUUAUCACACCAGUCACUUUGUUAUUCAGACUUUGUCGACUUGCUAAUGGACUGCCUGAAGACCCAGUUUCACAUGAGUGCAUCUGAUAUUGUGAAACUAACUGAUAACUCAUCAAACGAGUCAUUUUGUGAAUUACUUUCCAGCAACAAGUCACAUCAUCUCAUCAAAUAUAUGAUGGAGGCAGAAAAUAUCUCAUUCACCCAGAGUGAAGGAAGGGACAUUUUACUGGGUGUGUGCACGAAUGCUGCAUGCGGUAUACUGAAAUACAUCAGUGGACGUAUGAAACUUGAGGUAAAUGCUACAUACGGUUGGAGGGAAAACACGCCUCUUAUGUUGGCAGCAGAAACCAGGGACAGUGAGUUUGUCAAUCAGAUUUUGUCUCUACACCCCGACCUAAAUGCAAGAGACAUUCUAGGCCAAACUGUUUUUAAUUAUCUUUGUGAAAAUGGCCAUACAUCAGCUGUGAAGCAUGCGAUUAACAUGGGAGUGGAAGUUAAUCAGUAUCGUGGACCAUUCCUGAGCCCCAGUGUGUACACUGUCAUACGGAAUGGUCACUUAGAUGUUGUGGAACUGUUGGUUAACAGAGGAUGUUACAUAGAUAACCAGGACGGUCUUAAAUAUGCUGCAUUGAGCCUGAACGCGAACAUGGUACGUUAUUUUUUAGACAGAGGAGCAGUGGUUGACAGCAGUGCUGUGUGCAGAACCUGUGAGGUCGGGAACAGACAUAUAGUUGAGAUACUGUUUGAGAAGGGUGCUACUGUUGAUAUGAUGUCACCUGAUGGAAGAGCUCCUCUUUCCAGUGCAUGUGAAGGAAACCCAGCAGUUGUCUCUUAUUUGCUGACGAAAGGAGCAAUUGUCAACCAAGCUUCAAAUGUUACAGGUAACACACCACUUCAUACAGCAGCAGGACGGAUAUCUACAGCGUGUGUUGAUGUGUUACUGAAGGCUGGAGCUGAUGUUCAUGUACAGAAUAAUAAAGGUAACACACCACUUCAUAGAGCAGCAGCAGCAAAGUGGGAAUCAACAGCGUGUGUUGAUGUGUUACUGAAGGCGGGAGCUGAUGUUAAUGCACAGAACAAUACAGGUGACACACCACUUCAUAAAGCAGCAGCAGUAGCAGCAGUAGCAAAGUGGGAAUCUACAGAGUAUGUUGACGUAUUAGGAAAGGCUGAAACUGAUGUUAAUGUACAGAAUAAUACAGGUGACACACCACUUCAUAGGGCAGCAGGACGGGGAUCUACAAAGUGUGUUGAUGUGUUACUGAAGGCUGGAGCUGAUGUUAAUGUACAGAAUAAUACAGGUGACACACCGCUUCAUACAGCAGCAGUAGCAAGGUGGAAAUCUACAGAGUAUGUUGAUGGGUUACUGAAGGCUGGAUAUGAUGCUAAUUUACAGGACAAUACAGGUGACACACCACUUCGUAGGGCAGCAGGACGGGGAUCUACAGAGUGUGUUGAUGUGUUACUGAAGGCUGGAACUGAUCUUAAUGUACAGAACAAUACCGGUGACACACCCCUUCAUAGGUCAGCAAAGUGGGGAUCUACAGAGUGUGUAGAUGUGUUACUGAAGGUUGGAGCUGAUGUUAAUGUACAGAAUAAUACAGGGGAUACAUCACAUCAUGCAGCAGCAUCAGUAGUAUAAACAAUGGGGGUACGGGACCAGCCAAUUUAAGGCAAGGAAUCAAUAAGUACCUAUUCCUAACUCAUAUUAGUUUAUAAAUCCAUAACGCAACUACUUUUUAUCUCCCCUGUAAAAAGUAUCCAUAGUCUUACUCGAAAUAUUAAGA